AAAUUGAAUGCGAUUAUGCAACUAGGGAUCGAAGUUGAGAGAGUGGGAGCACCUGAUGAUCCAGUGGAAGGAUCAAACGUCACUUUAAUCUGCACUUUUUACGCAAUAUCCACAGACCGUCGUGCAAUAUUAGCUCCACCGACAUGGUUCUAUUACGCAAAUCGGAAUGAGACAUGGCAAAAGUUAUCAAAAGAUUUUUUAAAGGAACCAAACGCAGAUAUUCGAAACGAAAUUGAACAGACGCCAGACGGAUUUUACAAGAGAAAAUUGAACUUGAUCAACGUAACCCUAAAUACUCCAUACACGAAAUUCAAAUGCGUCGCUGACAACGUGUUUAUUAAAGUUGACAUAUUUCGCAUUAUCACUUCGGCAGUCAAAGAGAUUUCUUUCACUAUUAAAGAAAUAGACAACGACCCAGUGUCUAAUAAUUCAAUUGCCAUAGAAAAAGGAGUCGGCAAAAAUUUGAUCUGCAACCGUUGGUCGCAAGAUGUUGCCAUUCAUUGGUUCAAGGAUGGCAUGGCACACUCCGACUUGAUCUAUGAAAACGAAACCGCGUCUGUUGUGCAACUGCAAGGAAAAGAAAAGGAGAAGGGAACCUACGAAUGUCGAUGGAAAAACAGCAAAGGAGAGCCGAGACACAGGAACUUUAGAGUCGGCAUCAUCUCCUACGAAAAGGACGAAAAAGAUGCAAACACCAUCAUCAUAUCUGCAUCUUUCAUCGGAUUACUUGCAGUCGCAGUGGCCAUCGGAAUUAAAGUUUAUCUCGACAAAAGAAACGUGGAAAAACAACUUGAAAAAAGGCUAAAUGGGGAUCCGAAUAGAAUCGUCCCGGAUGUGCCGAUGGAAUAUCAAACGGAAUUCCUGCCCUACGAUAAGAAAUGGGAAUUUCCAAGGAAACGACUCAGACUCGGUCAAGAACUGGGAUCUGGUUGUUUCGGCCGAGUUGUCAAAGCUGAAGCUGUGGGCAUCAAAGACUUGGAGGAAACAGUGACAACAGUCGCCGUCAAAAUGAUUAAACCGACGUCCAAGUCAAACGACGCAAUGAACGCUCUAAUAAGGGAAUUAAAAAUUAUGAUCUAUUUGGGUUCGCACUUGAAUGUAGUCAAUUUAAUGGGGGCCUGUACCAAAACCCUCGUCAAAGAAGAAAUUCUGGUCAUCAUCGACUUUUGCCGAUUCGGCAAUUUAAAAUCUUAUUUAAUUGAACACCGGGACAAAUUCAUCAAUCAGUUGAACGCAUUAGGUAAUUUGCUACCUGGGGACGAAACGGUGGAAAUCAACACACCAACUAAGUAA